AGUCCCUGUACGAAAGUGCCGGCUCUUAAUACUUCUAAUUUUUCAUUACUGAAAAGAAGAGAAAAACAUAGGGUAAAGCGAAAAAUUCAAAGCUCUUCCUUCGUCCCAAGUCAAGAACUAGUCCCGGUUGUUCCCUCCGAUUUCUUCAUCACUAGCACGGGAGGUUACCAUUUUGGGCCAGAGUUAGGGAGAUGGUGAAGUUAACCAUGAUAGCUCGUGUUACUGAUGGCCUACCAUUAGCAGAAGGACUGGAUGCUGGUCGGGAUCCACAAGAUGAAUUCUACAAGCAGCAAGCUAAAUCUAUAUUCAAAAAUUUUUCAAAGGGCCAAAAUGAACCAUCAAGAAUGUCGAUUGAAACUGGUCCUUAUAUAUUCCACUACAUCAUCGAGGGCCGUGUUUGUUACCUAACUAUGUGCGAUCGUUCUUAUCCAAAAAAAUUAGCUUUUCAGUACCUGGAAGAGCUCAAGAAUGAGUUUCAGAGAGUCAACGGGGAUCAAAUUGAAACUGCAGCCAGACCUUAUGCUUUCAUUAAAUUUGAUGCAUUCAUACAGAAAACCAAGAAAUUGUAUCUGGACAGCCGCACUCAACGGAAUAUCUCAAAGUUGAACGAUGAACUCUAUGAAGUUCAGCAAAUAAUGACCCGGAAUGUGCAGGAAGUUCUUGGUGUUGGUGAAAAGUUGGACCAGGUUAGUGAGAUGUCCAGCCGUUUGACUUCUGAAUCUCGCAUAUAUGCUGACAAGGCAAGAGAUCUAAAUCGACAGGCUUUGAUCCGGAAGUGGGCUCCAGUUGCAAUUGUCAUCGCUAUUGUUCUUCUCCUCUUUUGGGUCAAAAACAAGAUAUGGUGAUUCUAUUUGCAGCUGCAUUUCAGCUUUGCAUUGUUGUCAUUCACUGGAUGGAGUUUUUCAGGCUUGUGCAGGGCUCUGGAGUGGGGGCACUGUUCCUUACUAAGAGAGAGCAUUGGAUAUGCAUCUGGCAGUCAAGCAUAUAGACUUAUAGUUGAUUCGGGGGAAAUUAAAUUUGAAAAUUUUAUAGGAAAUCAGUUGCUAAUUUUUAUUUCCAGAUUAUAACAAAAACAGAUUAGGUUCAUACAUCCGUGUAUCAUACUCUCCCUGGAUUAAAAGAUUUACUUUGAACUCAGAAGGGGAAAUUCAAAUGCUUUCUUCUUCCCCUCGUACUGAUGCCCCCCAGUCUGCAUGUUAAAUCGAUCAGAAAUGUUUCAGUUGUGGUCCA